CCAUUUCCAUAUUCUUCUCUUGAAUGAUAUACACAUGUUCAUACACCCUUUUUGAAUCUUAAUCCCCCCAAAAAAGUGUAUGUUUGCAUGCUCAUAUCAUUCCUGUAAUUUCUUCAUCUGGGUUUUUUCUUAAAAAUUUAUCCUUUACCGUUCAUUUACAAUGAUACACCCUUUCCCCGAUCUCAAUUCCUUUCCUUUCUGAUUCAUUUCCAAGAUUGCCCAGAUUCUAAUUACCAUGAAUUUGGGCAGCGAUUGAGGUUUUAAAGAAAAAGAAGGUGAUUUCUUUUUAUUUUUUGAUUUGGAAAUGGGCUGUCUUUGUUCGAAAGGAUCAAACGCAAUUGAAUAUGUAGCUAACAAUGAGAAUGAUAAAGAAUCUUACAAUAUUUCAACUCAAGGAUUUGACCCAUCAAAGAAAGGAGAUAGAUAUGAUGAAUCGGUUCGAGCUCCGAUUCCUAUAACGAGUACAGAUAGAGGUUCUGUUAAGAAGGGAAAGAACGAUGAUCAAAAAAGUGGUUCUGUUAGAGGUAAAUCUGCAUUUAGUUAUCAUAAAAGAAGAGCCACUUCUGAUUUGGGUGCUCAUGGAGGAAAAGCGGUUAUUUCUAGAACGACUAGUAUUCCUAGAGCCACCGAAGGUGAACAGAUUGCCGCCGGUUGGCCGUCGUGGUUAACUUCUGUUGCCGGUGAAGCUAUUCAAGGAUGGAUUCCUCGUACUGCUGAGUCAUUCGAGAAGUUUGACAAAAUUGGACAAGGAACUUAUAGUAGCGUUUACAAGGCUCGGGAUUUGAACACGGGUAAGACUGUGGCGAUGAAGAAAGUGCGGUUUGUGAAUAUGGAUCCUGAAAGUGUUCGUUUUAUGGCAAGAGAAAUUUAUAUUUUGAGAAAACUUGAUCAUCCUAAUGUGAUGAAGCUUGAAGGAAUUGUUACUUCCAUGGGUUCGGGGAGUUUGUAUCUUGUUUUCGAAUAUAUGGAUCAUGAUCUUGCUGGGCUUUCGACUUCACCUAAAAUCAAGUUCAGUGAAUCACAGAUAAAAUGUUAUAUGAAACAACUAUUUGAUGGACUAGAACACUGUCAUAACCGAGGAAUUCUUCAUCGAGACAUAAAAGGUUCAAAUUUGCUGAUUGAUAAUAAAGGUCUUCUCAAGAUUGGUGAUUUCGGUCUUGCAAAUUUCUAUCAGUCCGAUCCAAAGCAGCCAUUGACGAGUCGCGUUGUAACCCUUUGGUACAGAGCUCCUGAACUUCUUUUAGGUGCUACAGAUUAUGGAGUUUCCAUUGAUCUAUGGAGUGCUGGUUGCAUCCUUGCAGAGCUUUUUGCUGGAAAACCCAUUAUGCCCGGAAGAACAGAGGUUGAACAGAUGCAUAAAAUCUUCAAGCUUUGUGGAUCCCCUUCUAAUGAUUAUUGGAAGAAGUCCAAGUUACCACUUGCCACCAGUUUUAAACCUCAACAUCCUUAUAAACGUUGUGUUGCCGAUACUUUCAAGGAUUUUCCUCCUUCUUCUUUGUCUUUGAUUGAAGUUCUUCUUGCAAUUGAACCAAAGGAAAGAGGAACUGCUACUUCUGCCCUAAAUAGUGAGUUCUUCACCACAGAUCCAUUGCCUUGUGAUCCAUCCAGUUUACCAAAAUACCCUGCUAGCAAAGAAUACGAUGCCAAGCUUCGCGACGAAGAAGCUAGAAAGAGAAGGGCCGAGGCAAAGGCUCGUGGACCCGAAUCAGUAAGAGCCGGAAGAGAUAAUAAGGAUCUUCCUACCCCUGAGUUUGUCGAUGUCCCUGGACAGGCUUCUGUUCAAGUACAGUCGAAGGCGAAGGGUAUAAAUGGAAAAUACAAUAUGAAAGGUGACGGUUCAGUUGAUCCAUCUCGAGGAAAUGGUAGGAAUGCAAUUACUUAUUCAACUUCAAUGGUACAUCCUUCUGUUAAAACAUGGACUAAGAAAGCAAACGAUGAUGAAUACAAACGCAUUGGACUACAAAGAACAACUAGUUCAAACAACCAAUCUCAUUUGAUAAAUGGAGUUGUCGAAUACUCCAAUAAUCAUUCGAGGAAGGACGAACAAGCUUAUCAUCCAGAUUCUUCUGGAUAUGUACAAAAGAAAAGAAUUCAUUUAUCUGGACCAUUAGUGCCUCCUGGUGGAAACAUGGAAGAUAUGUUGAAGGAACAUGAGCGACAAAUUCAAGAAGCGGUUCGAAAGGCGAGGUUAGAUAAGACCAAGAGCACCAAUGAAUGAAUAGAAAGACGAAAUCAAAUUGAGAAAAUAAAAACAAAUGAACCGUUCUCAUUUUUAGCCAGCCGAGAUGAUCCGUGGGAUAGGGGUUUGUCGAGAUGAAGUGGUUAUUAUGGUUAAAAUGAAUCGGGAUUGGGGUUUGGUGGAGAAAUUUGCUUGUUAUUAUGAAAAAAAGUUGGCAAUUGAGAAUGGUGUUGAGGGGGGUUUUGUACAGCCUCAGCAUUGUUUUGCUGUACAGAUAGGAAAGAUUGCUUAUAACAUAGCAUUAUUUCUAAUAUUGGAAAUUCUAUCAUUCUCUUAUAUUA